AACUUCCUUCAAAUAAUAACAAAUAAUGAUAAUGAAUAUCUCUGGCAAAGAAAACACCUCUCAAAGAAUAAGCGUGCAGGUCUUACGUGUGAUCAAAAAUGUAUGUUACUUUAUAAUGUUCAACAACCAUUCGAAGUCCUGAUGACAGAAUUCGAUGAUGAAUGGUGGCCUUUAGUUACGAACAUUUGGGUGAAAUUUAGUCAUAAAACUCUUGUGAAUGGGAAUUCUUGGAAAACCUUCAAAACCAAGGUUCGAGAAGCAGACUUAUGCCAUGCAAAAAUAAAGGUAUCAUGGUUUGUUGUCGAGCAAAAAGUGUGUGUUGAACGGUUCCCAGGUUCCUCGGACCAUGCGCAUGAUUUGAAUGAAAGUGACAAGCUUAAACGUUCCCAGGCUGUUAGAGUUUUAGUAGAAAAAGAGGCGAUGAAAAAUUAUCCUACACCUGCAAUAGAAUUAAAGUGGAGGGAAGUCGCCAAUAUAAAGUACAAAGUCCGUGGACCGCAAAACACUUAUCUUAUUGGUGCUUCUAAACUAGCACCAGAUAUCCAAGAUGCAAUUUCUUUUUUAAAAAAGGAAGGUUAUCAA